ACAAUUAUUAAUUCUAGUAAUUUUAAAGGUCCAGUGUUUAAGAUUUAGGCAUCUAUUGGCAGAAAUUGAAUACUAUUAAUAAGUGGGUUUUCAGUCAUUAUAUUUUAAUUCCCUUAGAUGAGCCAUUUAUAUCUAUAUACGGAGCAGGACAUCUUACACCAUGUUGUUUCUACAGUAGCCCAGAACAGAGCCAAACGCUGGCUCUAGACAGGGCCAUUCAUUCUUCAUUCGUUCUUCUGCGUGCUUUGCACUGAGGAAAAUUUUCAGUUGAAUCUGCAACCUCUCCACUAGAUGACACUAAAUCCUACACACUAGAGCUCUCAGUUAGAGUAGUAAAGACAUUGUCUGACAUUAGGACAGCUUUGAAAUACACUGCAGAUCAUGCAGGGAGAUUAAAUUUACAGAAAAUAUGUUUAACUGCUAAAACAAUUUGUACUUUUUUGGUUGUUGGUUAAUUAUUUCUUAGGGAGGACUACGGUGGAGAAAUUUGGACUGGUGAGGAAUUAAUGCUCCACAGAAACCUUUAUUUAAAUAAAUCAUUGACAGUAAUAUGGGGACAUACACGCAAACAUCACUGUUUCUCUUCCUCCAAUUGUUUUGCAUGCAAAUAAAGCACCUGGGGUUGUUACCUGGGUGUUAUUUAAACUAGCCCCUCCUCCCGGUGAAAAGUGUAAGGUGAGUCAUUUGAAACUCAGACCGCUUUUGUUAUUUACCUUGACAGCAGCCAGCAGUUCUUUCCCAAGGAGGAGAAAUGAAAUAGGCUCCUCCGUGCAGGUUGUUUACAGCCUCGGUGGACUUUACCUGCAGCACAUGACACACAAUGGAAAUGGAAAUGAAAGGAGACAUUUCUCAGCCUCUUACGUGUUCUAAUGACAGUGAAAGGAUUGACCCCUAUGGCUUUGAGAGACGUCACGAUUUCGAAUCCUACAAGGAGAUGAUGAAUGAGUAUGUGGCCGUCCUCAACAGAAGGUCGAUGAGAUGGUCCAAGCUCCUUCAAGAGAAGCCGCACGUGGAGAAGAACCUGACAGUGAAAAGGUAUGUGCGUAAAGGUGUGCCCAAUGAGCACCGUGCCAGGAUUUGGAUGGCAGCCAGUGGUGCAGAGAAACAACUGGAGAGCAACCCGGGUUAUUACCAGUCUCUGCUGGCCAUGGAACAUGACGCCAAGCUGAAGGAGACCAUUCACACAGGUACAACAAAAAGAUAUCAAGAUAUCUUGACAUGUCAAAGGAAUGAUGGCUGAAUUCCAUGUAGCUGCUUCAGUUGCAGGGUCCUGGUAUUGCCUGCUCACUGUCACACUGUCAUGGUUUACUGGGACACGUGAAUGGAACCAUCCAGUAGAGUCUUCGUCAAUGUUAUUAGUGACACCUGAGGUUUUGCUACUGUGAUAAGCCAGUAUGUGUGCAGUUAAAAAGCCAUACAGCUCAUUUCCACACAGUUUUGUUUUGUGUCCAUAUGUCUGUAACACAAGGAAAUGCAUCUCUUGAUGGUUGGAUAGAAAUGUCUCGAUAGAAAUGGCAGAAAAGUACAUUUUGGGUAGCGACUAGCGAGGUGUUCAAAGUCCAAAUAUACUGUGUCAUCAAGGUCUCUUUGAAUCACUUUUGCUCUGGCCUCCCUGGGACCACAAACCCUACCAGGUGGUAUUAGCCCCGGACUACACAGCUCCCAGGUUCACAGGAACACGUAAACCUCUCCACCACGCUAAGGUGGCGAUUCUUGGAGGAAAGUCUGGCCAAAAUGAGUUUCCUUCAUAGGGUGGCUGGGCUCAGCCUUAGACAUAGGAUAAGGAGCUUGGACAUCUGGAGGGAGCUUGGAGUAAAGCUGCUGCUCCCACAUGUCGAAAGGGGCCAGUUGAGGUGGUUCGGGCAUCUGAUCAGGAUGCUUCCUGGGUGCCUCCCAGGAGAGGUGUUUCAGGCACAUCCCACU